GGCGGGGACGCGAGUCCCGUGAGGAACCGGGCGGCGGGCGGCCAGGGCUUUGCGCGUCUUUCCUGCGGUCUUGGUGCGUGGUGACCUUGGCAAGUGACUUAAUCUUCUCCAGCCUCAGUUUCCUCCGAAGUAAAACGCGACUUAACUACAGUAGCGACCUCUUGGGGUUGUUAAGCUAGUUUAGUGAGAUUUAGCUACUGGGGGCUUUAUUAACACAGAGCAUGGCACGAAGUGAAUGCAUAAAAGUUAGUCCGCGUUGACAUUAAAGGUGGCCGUUAGGCUCAGCACUUGGUCCUGGAUCCCAGGGACUGGGCCCACGGCCAGAACAGCUGGUAACCUUGUGCGCUUCUUCCUGGUACCAGAGAGGUGGAGAAGAGAGAGUGCUUGAGAAGGAGGAGGAGGAAGAAGAUGAUGAAGAUGAAGAUGAUGAAGAUGAUGUGUCUGAAGGCUCGGAGGUCCCUGAGGGUGACCGUCCUGCAGGUGCCCAGCAACACCAGCUUAAUGGCGAGCGGGGCUCUCAGAGUGCCAAGGAGAGGGUCAAGGAGUGGAUGCCCUGUGUACCCCACCAGGGCCAGGAUGAAGGGCGGGGGCCAGCGCCCGGUAGUGGCACCCGCCAGGUGUUCUCCAUGGCAGCCAUGAAUAAGGAAGGGGGUUCAGCCUCUGCUGCCACUGGGCCAGACUCCCCAUCCCCUGUGCCUUUGCCCCCAGGAAAACCAGCCCUACCUGGGGCCGAUGGGACCCCCUUUGGCUGUCCUUCUGGGCGCAAAGAGAAGCCAGCUGACCCUGUGGAAUGGACGGUGAUGGACGUGGUAGAAUAUUUCACGGAGGCUGGCUUCCCUGAGCAGGCAACAGCUUUCCAAGAGCAGGAAAUUGAUGGCAAGUCUCUCCUGCUCAUGCAGCGGACAGAUGUGCUGACGGGCUUGUCCAUCCGCCUUGGCCCAGCCCUGAAAAUCUAUGAGCACCAUAUCAAGGUGCUCCAGCAAGGCCACUUUGAGGAUGAUGACCCUGAUGGCUUUCUAGGCUGAGCACCUGGCCUCACCCCUGCCCUGAUCCAUUCCUGCCCCAUCUCACCCAAGAUCCCCAGAGUUCAGGAACUGGACCGGGGAUACUCAGCCCUCAUAACAUAUUUCAGUGAGGGGGCAGCCCUCCCUACUCAUCUCUUCCCUGUGUCUCCCCAACACAUACACACAUCUGGCCCCCAGCACAUCCCAAACUCCAUGAUGGAAGAGUGUGGGAUAGGACAGGGCCUGCUCAUUUUACCCCAGGAGGCCAACUUCUCCCCCCCGCAGCCUAGGACAUUUUUGGAAAAAAUGGGGGCUUCCAGUCUACCCUAGAUCUUCAGUCCAGCCAGAUGUUUCCUGUAUAAAUGUUUUGUUCUGCCUGUUCACUUUGGUGGGUGGCCUUUCUUCCCUCCCCCACCAACCAAGCCCCUUCUCAGUCUGCCCUGGACCCCAGUCCCUGGGAGCAACUGAAGCGGGGUCCCUGGAUCUUCCCUAUUCUUCCUCUUUCUUUCUGUUGGUUGUCGCUCCAGCUGGCUGUAUUGCUUUUUAAUAUUGCACCGAAGGUUUUUUAAAUAAAGUUUUAAAGAAAAGA